AUGUCUAGUAGCUGGCUUUAUUCGUUUUCUACGCGGAAACUGAAAAUGUACACUGUAAUCAGUACAGAGAAAACGAUACAUGAAGCACUUCCACUGAUUGAGGUUUGUGAUUGGGGAAUGGAAGUGUUGAAGUUUGUUUCUUCAAUGGAGCAGAUCAUGGUGCUUAAUUGCUCAGACAAAAUCCUUGAAGCAGGAAAAUGGUUGUUCUGUGUGUUGGACUUGGUAGAAACUGAUAAGAAGAUCUGUGUGACGGGUCAUUUGGGGUACUUCGAAAAUUUCUCACUUGUUGGGGGCAUAUUAUGUAAUGGUGUCCCUGCACACAAGACAUCACACAUUGGAUUUGCAAAAGCAGAGAGACAAGAUGAUGAACAUGGUUUGGUUUUGGAGGCUGAAAAAGGCAUAUAUGGUGGGACCCACCUCAAGAGCUUACGUUUUCAACUCUCCCACCAGAUCCUUCCACCUGUCCAUCUUACUCCAUCACGCAACUAUAACCAAGAAGGUUCAUGA